UACAGUGAAAGCGACGACCGUGAGUACGGAACUCAAUUCCGAAGUUCUUCGCAGAUGAACGAUCAGUUCCCGAGGUCGUCGAUGAGCUACUAUGAACCAGUGAUGCAGGAACAUGGCUAUACGACUGAUACUUACGAUGAAUACGAGCAACGACGAUCCAGUUCCAGGCAAAAACGUGACAGUGAUACAUCGAAUGUGUCGGAUGCACGUGCACGACGGAAACGCUGUAAGGUAUUCAGUUAUGACGGAGAUUAUUAUCAAGCGUUGGGCUAUGACACUGACACGCACACGGAUGAAUACUAUCCUCGAGCGAGCAGUUCGUAUGAGCGAUAUCCGAAUGAACGACAUCCUCAUGAUGAUUUCUAUCGCGAAAGGUCCGAUUGGGAGCAACGGAACAGUGACUGGACCGAGGAACAGGAACCAUUGUCGUACAACAGUCGUNUAUCUCACCAUCAACCAGGUGAAUGUGGAAAUUUUGAUGAUUUUCAUAUUAGACGAAGCAAUGAGGUUUCUUGA